AUGACGGGGACAUGUGCCAUACAGAUCUGUGGCAGAGGACCAUCUGACAGUCUGUGUCCCAGUGCAUCUGGGAGAAAGGGGGGAGAGAGGGAGGAAGGGAGGGGGAGGGAGAAACAGGAGCUGGAGGAGGAGGAGGAGCGAGCCCCAGAUGGUGAAGAUGAAGAGAAGAGCAAGGGUUGUUGUCCCUCAUUGGACCAAAAGGGCUGUGGAAAGCAUCGAGGAAGUGAAUAUGUGUGUUUUGGGGAAAAUGUGAGCAGAGGCGCUGGCCCACUGUCAAGGUCAAUAGCCUCCUCGGGCCGCAUAAGAGAGGACUGUGACAUAUUUCUUGUUGCUUUUUUCUCUGCCCGUUGACCACAUCUAGUGAGCUCUGUUUUGCGGAGCCUCAAGAAAGCGGGCAUCUGGGUGACACAUGGUACAUGUCGGGUGACUAAAUAAGACUUUUUACACAGAUCUUCACUUUUGAUAUCAGAACAGGAAAGCACUACUUUCCGCUUAUUGCAAAAUUGAGUAAUUUUGCAGGCGCUGCGGUUGUUGCUGGUUGAUGCUGGUGAAAGUUGAUCCACCCAACCCAACUGUUGACAGAAACAUGCUGUAGUCUAAAGGCUGAUAGAGCUAUUUAAUUGGCCCAAACAAUAUGCAGCUGUAGUUUUUCAGCUGUUUUUUUCCAUUUAUUUUUUAUUCUGUAGCCACUCUUGAAAAUAAUCCAGUUGAGAAACCAUCCAUCAAUGUCAACAUAGUCAGAGAGGGGAGGUCACAAAAUACAUUUCAAUAUACACAAAGAAUGAAUGAGGCAUUAUUCUCCUAGACUUAAGAUAUGCGACAAACAGCAAAUGAAGAGAACAACUUGCCUGUACUGGAUGAGAGUGUGUUAUAUUUAAACCAUAAGUGCAUAUAAUCACAGGGUUUGGCUAAAUGCACCCUGUUUAGUGCUGAUAAACACCUUGGCACACACUGUAGUAUACGUUUUGUCUACCUCUUACUUUCCUGAAGUAUUUGACUCAGGAAAAAUAUUUUAGAUAUUUUAAUAAUACACUUUCAGAGGCAUGUAAAGUGAGCUGGAACUAUAUUCCAGCAAGCUUUAAAAAUGUACACUACCAGUUGUCACGCUCUGGCUCCGGGACUCUGUAUGUUGAGCCAGGGUGUGUUCGUUUCUUUGUGUUCUGUUUCUUGGUUGGGUUGUUCUAGGUUGUUGUGUUUCUUUGUUUGAGUGACUCCCAAUCAGAGGUAACGAGUGUCAGCUGUUGGCUCGUUGUCUCUGAUUGGGAGCCAUAUUUAAACUGUCUGUUUUCACCUUGUGUUUGUGGGUUUUUGUUCCUUUACGGUCAGUGUUAGCCGUUGGACUUCACGAGUCGUGUUUUGUUUGGUUUGUGAGUACUUUAUAAAAUAAAGUCAUGUUUCUUUCACACGCUGCGCCUUGGUCUACUUUGCUACUAGACGAUCGUGACAGAAAAACCCACCAUACAACGACCAAGCAGCGUGUCCAGACGGAGGCAGACUGGACAUGGGAGGAAGCGCCGGGAAAGGAGAUGGAGAGGCUGGCGAUGGCCCAGGUGGGCAAAGUGUGGUCCUGGGAGGACAUGCUCGGGGGCAAGGGACCUUGGGGUAGGAUCAAGGCCCUGGCGAGAGAGGAGCAGCGGCGUCAGCAGUGCCAUCGUCGGACGGACGAGAGGCACCCCCAAGAAUUUUUUAGGGGGGGGCACAGGGCAUGGACGACGGGGCUGACGGAGGCAGAGAAGGGGCGUAUUCAAAAGGCCACCAGGUUACGGGGGCCACUGGUCAAAGUAGGGAAAGGAGGUUUAGAGGCACGGCGAGAGGUACUGGGGUGUGUUACCAGUCCGGUCCGGCCCGUUCCAGUUCCCGGAGUAGAGCCAGUGGUGUGUGUCCCCAGUACGGUCCGGCCUGUUACGGCCCCUCGCACCAAAUGGACGGUGCGCGUCUCCAGCCCGGUCCGGCCUGUUCCUGCUCCACGCACCAAGUCUUCGGUGUGCGUCGACAGCCCUGCCUGGCCUGUUCCUGCUCCACGCACCAAGUCUACGGUGUGCGUCGACAGCCCUGCCCGGCCUGUUCCUGCUCCACGCACCAAGUCUACGGUGUGCGUCGACAGCCCUGCCCGGCCUGUUCCUGCUCCACGCACCAAGUCUACGGUGUGCGUCGACAGCCCUGCCCGGCCUGUUCCUGCUCCACGCGCCAAACCUACGGUGUGCGUCGCCAGCCCAGCCCGGCCUGUUCCUGCUCCACGCACCAAGUCUACGGUGUGCGUCGCCAGCCCUGCCCGGCCUGUUCCUGCUCCACGCACCAAGUCUACGGUGUGCGUCGCCAGCCCUGCCCGGCCUGUUCCUGCUCCACGCACCAAGUCUACGGUGUGCGUCGCCAGCCCUGUCCGGCCUGUUCCUGCUCCACGCACCAAGCCUACGGUGUGCGUCGUCAGCCCAGCCCGGCCUGUCCCUGCACCACGCACCAAGCCUACGGGGUGCGUCGCCAGCCCUGUCCGGCCUGUCCCUGCUCCACGCACCAGGUCUACGGUGUGCGUCGUCAGUCCAGCCCGGCCUGUCCCUGCUCCACGCACCAAGCCUACGGGGUGCGUCGUCAGCCUGGUCCAGCCCGUUCCUGCCACUCGCACCAAGCCAGGGGUGCGAGUCGUCAGCCUGGUUCAGCCCGUUCCUGCUACUCGCACCAAGCCCGGGGUACGAGUCGUCAGCCUGGUAAGACCGGUCAGCUGCUCCACAACGGAGCGUAAGCAAUCCGCUCCGUCAUUGUCCAGUCCAGAUCCAGCCAGCGGGGUCAGACCGGACCAGGGGCGCUAUGGGGGGUUGUUUGGAGGGUGGUGGGCAAGGCCGGGGCCAGAACCGCCGCCGAGGAGGUAUGCCCGCCCAGCCCUCCCUUGUUUAGCCCUUAUUGAGGCGCGGUCGCAGUCCGCGCCUUUAGGGGGGGGGUACUGUCACGCUCUGGCUCCGGGACUCUGUAUGUUGAGCCAGGGUGUGUUCGUUUCUUUGUGUUCUGUUUCUUGGUUGGGUUGUUCUAGGUUGUUGUGUUUCUUUGUUUGAGUGACUCCCAAUCAGAGGUAACGAGUGUCAGCUGUUGUCUCUGAUUGGGAGCCAUAUUUAAACUGUCUGUUUUCACCUUGUGUUUGUGGGUUUUUGUUCCUUUACGGUCAGUGUUAGCCGUUGGACUUCACGAGUCGUGUUUUGUUUGGUUUGUGAGUACUUUAUAAAAUAAAGUCAUGUUUCUUUCACACGCUGCGCCUUGGUCUACUUCGCUACUAGACGAUCGUGACACCAGUCAAGUUUGGACACACCUGCUCAUUCAAGGGUUUUUCUUUAUUUUUACUAUUUUUUACAUUGUAGAAUAAUAGUGAAGACAUCAAAACUAUGAAAUAACACAUAUGGAAUCAUAUAGUAACCAAAAAAGUGUUAAACAAAUCAAAAUAUGUUUUAUAUUUGAGAUUCUUCAAAAAGCCACCCUUUGCCUAGAUGACAGCUUUCUCUGGUUAGUUAGUUACUUAGUAUUGUGAUCAUAAACCAUCAACAAAUAAUGUGAUAACGUCAAUAAACCACCUUGUGUCAUGAAACGGACAAACUGUCCCUCAAAAAGAAGAACUUGUGUUUAUUCCUGUACCUCAACAUGUCACUUAUCUUAAAUGAAUGACGACUGCAGAAAUGUCACGAGGGGAAAUUGUGAAUUCACUAAUCUUUCCUGUGAGGAUUGAGCAACACAGUCCUGCACACCGAGUGGCGCAGCGGUCUAAGGCACUGCAUCUCAGUGCUUGAGGGGUCACUACAGACCUCCUGGUUCGAUUCCAGGCUGUAUCACAACCGGCUGUGAUUGGGAGUCCCAUAGGGCGGUGCACAAUUGGCCCAGCGUCAUCCUGGUUUGGCCGGUGUAGGCCGUCAUUGUAAAUAAGAAUUUGUUCUUAACUGACUUGCCUAGUUAAAUAAAGGUUAAAAAAAAUUAAAUACAAAUACACUCAAGGGAUGGAAAGAUACAGUUCAAUCACCAUUAUCAUUACACAUACCACAGAGUUAACCCAAAUGCUGUUUCAUGAUGAGUGUUUGAUUUCAUUCUGAUUGGCAACGCUCUGCAGCUGAACAUGAUUGUUGUUGUCAUGGAGAUAGUAUUGUAAUAUUGUUGUUUAUUAGUCAUCUCAUGCUCCACUCACAAGAAAACAUAAUUUGACUGCUGUAAAAAAUCUAUAUAUCGCUUGUCAUAUUCUGUGAAUAACUAGUAAGAUACUAGGGUAACACACUCAGGUGUUCUUCUGCCCCCUAGUUGUAGGCCUAUGGGGCAUAUUUUCACAUUGCAGUUUGUUACUCAUUUCCAACUAUUCGGUGACACUUUUAAUUAUGUAUUUUCUGUGAAGAAGAGCAACAUUUUCAGCAUUACAUAACCACAUCUAUAACUAUAACCACAUUUUGAGUUAUGCGCACGCACUUGCUCAACAUUCUCGUGUGUGGAGUCAUAUAGAAAUGACACACAGCUAUCUUUGGCUUUCAAAUGACAGAGGUUUAAGGAACCAACCAACCCACACUGCCUGAUGUUUAGUGCAGGCAGAGCUUUCUAUGACCGAUUCAUAUUCAACAUCAGUUGAGCUUGAAUUCACAGGUUCUAACAGGACAAGGGGAAAUAUGUGUGAAAACCCAUUAGAAAACAGUUUUAUUGAAAAUAUAAUUGAAAACAUACACAAGGACAAACCCAUCUUAGGAGGAAUUUCCAAUUGUCAAACAACACCUGACAAAUUAAUUUAUUGUUCAUUUGAGGACAACUUUGAUGCUAGUUGUAGCCUAUACACUCACUCUUAGAAAAAAUAUUGCUAUCUAGAACCUAAAAGGGUUCUUCGGCUGUCCACACAGGAGAACCCUUUGAAUAACCCUUUUUGGUUCCAGGUAGAACCCUUUUGGUUUCAGGUAGAACCCUUUUGGGUUCCAUGUAGUUCCCACGGGGGUAUGAAAAAAAGUAUGAAAAAUAAAAAAAUAAUGUAAGUCGCUCUGGAUAAGAGCAUCUGCUAAAUGACUAAAAUGUAAAUGUAAAAUGUAGAACCCUUUCUACAGAGGGUUCUACAUGGAACCCAAAAGGGUUCAACCUGGAACCAAAAAGGGUUCUACCUGGAACACAAAAGGGUUCUCCUACGGGGACAGCUGAAGAACCCUUUUGUAACCCUUUUUUCUAAGAGUGUACAAUGUGUCAAUAAGUUACUUGCAUUAUAACUGGGAAGCAUACAGUUUUCAUUAUAAUGUUGUAAAUGGAAACAUAUACAGUUUUGACUGUAUAGACGACUGAUGCAUUUCUGGUUAGAACCUAACAAAUGAGUGUAGCUAUUACUCAUGCAUCAGUAAGGUAGUUGCAGCCAUAUAUGAUUAUAUGCAGGCAUGACUUGUCUAUGUUAUUAUCUGUGACUCCCAGUGACUCUGUCUAUGUUAUUAUCAGUGGGGGGGGGGAGACAUCAGGUAGGGGAGUAACUCAUAAUUUGACCUAAUAAUGAGCUCAGAGUACAUAAGAUAAGAAAUUGCUGGUCGAUGUUAACACCGGAUUCUGAUGAAAAACCUAAGAUGUCAUUUAAUCUCAAUCAGGCUUUUGUUUUGUUUUAUUUCCCUUUGAACUUUAGUUGCCCUUGAGGGGGACAACAACAUUUACAUUUACAUUUUAGUCAUUUAGCAGACGCUCUUAUCCAGAGCGACUUACAGUUAGUGAAUACAUAUUUUUGUAUUUUUUUGUAAUACUGGCCCCCCAUGGGAAUCGAACCCACAACCCUGGCGUUGCAAACGCCAUGCUCUAUCAACUGAGCUACAUCCCUGCCGGCCAUUCCCUCCCCUACCCUGGACGACGCUGGGCCAAUUGUGCGUCGCCCAUGAAUCUCCCGGUCGCGGCCGGCUGCGACAGAGCCUGGAUUCGAACCAGGAUCUCUAGUGGCACAGUUAGCACUGCGAGAUCGUAGGACAAGAUCGUAGGAGGGUAUUGUCAGUGUUGGUGUGGGUGCGUGGAGAGGAGUCAGACGCAGGACGCAUAAGCUAAGUCGAACAGGACUUUACUAGAUGCACAACCAGUACAAAAUAAAGUGCCUCUAACGAGGAGGCAAAACGACAACGCAACACCGUGCGUAUUAAUAACAAUGCCAGAGUACUGCACAGGAUACCACCAACAGACAGGAACUAAAAUAACACACAACUAACGAACACAACCACAGGAAACUUAUAAGGCACAUAAUCAAGACCAAACGGACACAGGUGUAACAGACAGACCAAACCAAACGAACAUCAAAACAUUCAACGGUGUUAGCUAGUACUCCGGGGACGACGAACGCCGAAGCCUGCCCAAACAAGGAGGAGGAGCAGCCUCGGCAGAUUCCGUGACAGGUAUGAGUGUAGGAAGAACUCUGUUCCCUACCAGGUGUCUCUGAACACAGGGUACAACUUCUGUGGAGGGAUCCUCCUCUCUAGUGAAUGGGUGCUCUCUGCUGCCCACUGCUACAAAUCGUAAGCACAGACUGCAGAGUUACUAUGUGCUAGAGAAUUUCAAAAAUAGUUUAAAUGUUGUUGUUUUUUACACUUUAUUUUAUUGCAUUAACAUUCUGGUGGUGUAGGCCUUAAAAUCCCCAUUUAAUCUAGAAACUCACUCUUCUUUCCUUAGGUGUUAGUUGGACUUAAAGAGAAACAAGUAAAGAAGGUAGUGUAUUGAUCACAGGAGGUUGGUGGCACCUUAAUUGGGGAGAACGGGCUCGUGGUUAUGACUGGAGCGGAAUCAGUGGAAUGGUAUCAAAUACAUCAAACACAUGGUUUCCAGGUGUUUGAUGCCAUUCCAUUUGCUCUGUUCCGGCCAUUAUUAUGAACUGUUCUCCCCUCAGCAGCCUCCACUGGUAUUGAUGGACAAACAUUUGACAUGGUAUGCUUUGCUCUUUGUAAUAUCAUGUUUAAUGGUUGAGUCCAUUCGGAUUUAAGACCACAACUGUUGUAGAACUGUUUGGAUGAAAUGGGUAAACCUUAACAUACAGCAAAUCUAACAAGUUCCCCAGUGCAGGACCCUCCUUCCCCUCCAACUACUACAGUAUCAUCUCCAUUCUGGUUAUAACCCUGCAGGUCGCCAUUGGAGGUCCGUCUGGGGGAGCACAACAUCAAGGAGCCUGAGGACAUGGAGCAACACAUCAUGUCUGCCCAGUUCAUCCGCCACCCAGACUACAACUCUGGUACCCAGGACAGUGACAUCGCGCUGAUCAAGCUAAGCCAGCCUGACACCCUCAACAGCUAUGUGAGCCCUGUGGCCCUCCCCACUAAGUGUAGCACUGCUGGAACCAUGUGCCAGGUCUCUGGCUGGGGGAGCCUCCGCGCCAGCAACGAAGGCUGUGAGUGGAAUGUGUGUCUUAUUAGUGUUUUAUUAGUCGUAUGUACUGGAUACACAUGGUAUACACCAUCCAACAAAAUGCUUACUUUCAGGUUCCUUCUCGACAAUGCAACAACAAUAAGAAAUAAUAAAAGAUACGAAUACAAACAUUUGUGUGUACAUUUGUGCGUACGUGUGUGUGCUUGUGUUUGUGUGUAUGUGUGUGUGUGUGGUUGUGUAAAACAGCUGCGUCUUUUACCCCAGGUGAACUGCUUGCCCAGUGUGUUCAGUACCUGAUUAGAUAUCAUGCUGUCUUGGCUAUAAAUGGUUAACAGCUGAGGACAACAGUUAUUUUAGAGUGAUUGGUACUUUUACAGUCUUAAGAAAUCUAAAGUUUUCCACUUCUGAUUUGUUUUAAUUGAAAGUCUUAAUGACUUGUUACAUGUCUCUAACUCUGUCUUUCUUUGAUGUUCUGUUCCAGCGAGGUACCCUGACACACUACAGUGUGUGGAGGUCCCCUCCUGACUGAUAACACCUGUCUGGAAGCCUAUUUCUUCCAGAUAACUGAGAACAUGAUCUGUGCUGGCUUCAUGGAGGGAGGCAAGGACUCCUGCCAGGUAACAGACAGAAUAGACCUGUACUAUACUUCUUCAUAUUUCACUUUCUUGCUUUCACAGUUUGCACCAUGAUGCAUAUAUUUUUUUGUCUCUCUUCUUCUUGCUCUGUCACUGACUCUCUUUAUCUUUUCAUGUCACUCUGGCUUGUUGCUCUCUCUCUCUCUCUCUCUCUCUCUCUCUCUCUCUCUCUCUCUCUCUCUCUCUCUCUCUCUCUCUCUCUCUCUCUCUCUACCCCACCAGGGUGACUCUGGUGGCCCUCUGGUGUGUGAUGGGGAGCUGCAGGGUGUUGUGUCCUGGGGUCAUGGCUGUGCUCUCAGGAAGAAGCCUGGCGUCUACACCAAAGUCUGCAACUACGUGUCAUGGAUCCAAAACACCAUGGCAUCCGGCUAA